AUGGAAAGGAUGAACAACAUAACAGAAUUCAUCUUGCUGGGCCUCACCCAGAAUCCAGAACUGCAGAAAUUCCUAUUUGCUGUGUUUUCAGUCACCUACUUGAUCACACUGGCAGGUAACCUGUUCAUCGCAGUCACCAUCUUCAUCAGCCCAGCCUUGGGCUCUCCCAUGUACUUUUUCCUGUCCUAUCUGUCCAUUAUAGACAGUUUCUACUCUUCUUCCACAGUACCCAAAAUGAUCUUUGAGUUGGUCUCUGAGAAGAGCACCAUCUCCUUCAAUGGAUGCAUGACUCAGGUAUUUUUUGUACAUUUAUUUGCUGGAGCUGAGAUUGUCGUGCUAAUUAUCAUGGCCUAUGACCGCUAUGUGGCCAUCUGUAAGCCCUUGUACUACACAAGAAUCAUGAACCAAUCUAUGUGUGAAUUCCUGGUGGGGGUGGCUGGGAUCAUAGGAUUUAUUCAUGGAGGGGUCCAGAUUUUGUUCAUAAGCCAGUUACCAUUCUGUGGCCCCAACAUCAUUGACCAUUUUGCAUGUGAUCUCAUGCCCCUCCUGGAGCUGGCCUGCACUGACACACACACUUUGGGACCCCUGAUUGCUGCCAACAGUGGGUCUAUGUGCCUGCUCAGUUUUUCUAUGCUGUUUUCUUCCUAUGUCAUCAUCCUGCUCACUGUGAGGGCACAGAGUUCUGCAGGGCAUCGCAAAGCUCUGUCCACCUGCUCCUCUCAUAUCACUGUUGUCAUCUUAUUCUUCGUACCUUGUUCAUACCUGUACCUGAGACCCAUGACCAUCUUCCCCACUGACAAGGCUGUGACUGUGUUUUGCUCAUUAGUAACUCCUAUGCUGAAUCCUUUGAUCUACACUCUGAGAAAUGCAGAAAUGAAAAAUGUUAUGAAGAAACUCUGGGGUAAAUAA